AUGUCAAUCUCAUCAAUAUACUCUUCUAUUGAAGAUGUUCCUCUUGUUUUAACUCCUCAAUUCAUGUCCUUAAAACCAAUAAAGUUGCCUGCCGAUUUCAAUCUUGAUAUACCUCAAUUGGGUCAUUAUGACUUUAAUCUUGAACGUAGUGUUAUUUCAGAAACUGAAAGGUAUAGAGAGGAAAUCAUCAAGUUGGCACAAAUACGCUCACAAAAACUUCAAGCUUUCCAGGAAGCACGACUACAAAAACAAAAAGAGGAAGCAAGAAAAAUUGCACCUGGAUUUUUAGAUACUGACCGAAGAAUGUUAACACCUGUACUGGUAAACAAUACUAAAAGAAGAUCUAGUCAUAUAGAGAAUGGAAAUGGUAUAAUUUUUGCCAGUGAAGAAAAUAAUGAUAAAAAUCAAAAAAAUCAUUUACGAUCUGCGUCAGAUGAUUUAUCUAAUCGUGUUGUGGUGUGUUUGAAAUCUAAAAGUGGUGAUGACGAUGAUGGUGACGAGACAAACUUCAAAAAACCAUUUGAUUAUUUAGAAUUUGAAGAACAACUUUCUAAAAAUAAUCAAAAGACUCCAAUUCAAGAUGAUAUUUCAAUUUUAAAGGAAAAUAAUUAUUCCAAUCAAUCAUUAAGUCCUGUAAAUAAUAGUAACAGUUAUAUUAACAGUAGUGGUGGUCUAGGACAAAUGUCACUUUCCGCACCUUCAUCUUUUCAUGAACGAAAAGUUUUAAAUCAAACAUCAAUUAUGCCCCCCAUUAGACCUCCAAAGGAAACUGGCUUGGCUGGUUAG